GCUGAUCUCGCUCUUUCUCUUCUCCAGGUGAGUCAAGUGUUGCUCCAUCCAGUGCCUGUGUGAGUCUGGCCUGCCAUGGCAGCCCCCGCACCUGCAGACUAUGGAGCAGGUUGAUGUCCUGGGAAUGCUGUGCCCGAUGGCAGGAGCUCUCUACCAGAGGCCUCAAACAGCUGCUCCAAACUAGUGUGGGCACCUACGUUUUCUAGGAAGGCUCUCCUGCUGCUCUGGGUUUCAUCAAACUGGUGUCCAUCCAAGUAUUCCCACCCAAUGGUAUUUAUGCUGGAAGAGGAGGAAUGCCCUCCCCAGGGCCAGUUCUUGGAGAAAAGAAUUGUUGAUCUAGCCAGAGCCCCAGCAAAAGAAAGAUUACUCUGCAACAGCUAAAGGAAGUGCCAGCUCACACGGGCACCCAGAGAGCAGAGAGCGGAAGCCCAGGACCUUCGCACACGAGCCGAUGAGAAUAGAUGCUGACCCCUGGGCCCUGCCCGGCGAGGGCGACAAGACCGUCCUCUGCAUUGCCACGUCUCCUUUAACACCCUGGCAGCUCCCUGGGUGAGUGAGUGCCCCCAGGAAGGGGGGGAGAUUAGCUUUCAGGACGUGAGGAGUCAGAAUGGUUGACAUCAUGAGAAAACUAUGUGGAGCUGAUUUCGACGAGGAGUGAAGAACCCAGAGCAAGACAGCGGUUCCCACCCCUGAGCCCAGGGAGCUGGCAGCAUCUGGGUUUCAGAAGAGACAGCGCCUCUGAGUUGUUUUGAAGCGACGCUCUGCUAAACUCCUGUUCAUCAGGCUACAAGAUCUGAACUCUGUGACCACCAACUUGUUGAACCAGGACUCUGAGGCUGAUGUGCAAUGUCACUUCCAACAUUAAUCAGAUACUGCAUUUAAGAUCUUGAUGUGGAAGAGAUGGAGGACUCAGAACCAAGGAUUUCCAAGUGAUUUCUUCCAAAGCACGAGAAACUGAUUUCGUUAAGGCUGAUCCGUUCUACCUGAGAUGACAGUCAUGUCCCUUUCCAGGGACCUCAAGGACGACCUGCACAGCGACACCGUGCUCUCCAUCCUAAACGAGCAGCGCAUCCGGGGCAUCCUGUGCGAUGUCACCAUCAUCGUGGAGGACACCAAGUUCAAAGCCCACAGCAAUGUCCUGGCUGCUUCGAGCCUUUAUUUCAAAAACAUCUUCUGGAGCCACACCAUCUGCAUCUCCAGCCACGUCCUGGAGCUGGAUGAUCUGAAAGCCGAAGUGUUCACGGAAAUCCUCAAUUACAUCUACAGCUCCACCGUCGUCGUCAAGAGGCAGGAAACGGUCACCGACCUCGCGGCCGCAGGGAAGAAGCUGGGGAUAUCCUUCCUGGAAGACCUGACCAGCCGCAACUUCUGCCACUCCCCGGGGCCCUACGUGUACUGCAUCACCGAAAAGGGGGUGGUGAAAGAGGAGAAGAAUGAAAAGAGACAGCACGAGGAGCCGGCCAUCGCCAACGGGCCAAGGAUCACGAACGCGUUCUCCAUCAUCGAGACGGAAAACAGCAAUAGCAUGUUUUCCCCGCUGGACCUGAGGGCGAGCUUCAAAAAGGUCUCGGACUCCAUGAGGAACGCCAGCCUCUGCCUGGAGAGGGCGGACGGCUGCCACGGGGCGGAGCCCGUGCGGACCCUGGCGGAGCACUCCUACGCGGUCUCCUCCGCCUCCUCCGCGGCCGAGGCUUACCGGAGCCAGCCCCAGCCCCAGCCCCAGCCCCAGCCCCUGCCCCUGUGCGGGCCCGCCGGCAGCCCGCCCGGCGGGACAGGCCAAGAGAACGGGGAAGCUGUGGCCGAAAACCCGACGGCGUGCCAGAAGCCCGCGGCGCUCUCCGCGCCCCAGGAUUCCGAGCCGGCCACGGAGAAGACGCCACCCCCGCCGCCAGGAACCCGCGUGGAGGCUCCCCAGGAAAGGAGCCCGCAGCCGGCCGCGGUCCUCCCCGGCUCAGCAUCUCCCGACGCGGAAGGCGACGUCCGUCCGCCCAGGGAAGACGAGAACGCCUCCUCCGAGGUCCCCGGGCCGCCGGCCGCGGAGGUCCCGCCUCUCCCGCCUCUCGUCUACAACUGCAGCUCCUGCUCCAAGUCCUUCGACAGCAGCACUCUGCUGGGCGCCCACAUGCAGCUGCACAAGCCCACCCAGCAGCCGCUGGUGUGCAAGUACUGCAACAAGGAGUUCAGCACCCCGAACAGGCUGGACCGGCACGAACACAUCUGCAUGCGGUCCAGCCACAUCCCCGUCCCGGGAGGAAACCAGUGCUUUUUAGAAAACUACCCCACCAUCGGACAGAACAGAGCCUCCUUCCCGGGUCCGGAGUCCUUGUUAUCCGGAAAUAGGAUCGGUGACUUCUCCGGCCCCGGGAGCACCCUGCCGGAGAUGGACCACCUGGUCAAACUGGUGAACGGGCAGAUGCUCUACAGCUGCACCGUGUGCAAGCGCAGCUACGUGACCCUGUCCAGCCUCCGCCGGCACGCCAACGUGCACUCCUGGAGGAGGACGUACCCGUGCCACUACUGCAACAAGGUGUUCGCGCUGGCCGAGUACCGGACGAGGCACGAGAUCUGGCACACAGGGGAGAGGCGGUACCAGUGCAUCUUCUGCCUGGAAACGUUCAUGACCUACUACAUCCUCAAAAACCAUCAGAAGUCUUUCCACGCCAUAGACCACAGACUCUCCAUCAGCAAGAAAACGGCGAACGGAGGCCUGAAACCGAGCGUCUAUCCGUACAAACUGUACCGGCUGCUGCCCAUGAAAUGCAAGAGGGCCCCUUACAAGAGCUACCGGAGCGCAUCCUACGAAAGUGCCCGAGAGAACAGGCAGGGGCGUGAGCCCGCAGCCGGCCCCUAUGUCGUUCAGAACCCGCGCGGCUCGGAGCUGCCCGCUCUGAAUUUCCCGGAGGGCAUGCACCCCGCGACCCGCAGCCCCGCCGUCCCGCCGGACACGGCCGCGGGCCAGGACAGACCCACGUCUGCCAGCUUUCAGAACGCAGAGGGGUCCAAGUGGGGAGAGGAGACGCUGAAAGCCAGUCUUGACAAUAACUUUUAUUCACAGGAGGCGUCCCUUCCUUUCCCUGAAAACGCUGUCGGUGGUUCCAGCCUCCCCGCCGGGGGGAUGCCCGCUCUGUCUUUGAGUCACGGCAGCGAGAACUCGGCGUCUGUCAUCAGCUACGGCGGCCCCGCGCCCUCGGUCAUCGUGCACAGCAGCCAGUUUUCCUCGGUCAUCGUGCACAGCGGCAUGGCGGCCGCCCUGUCGGGCCCCGGCAGCAGCCACAGGGCCCCUUCAGGCCCGGCCGCCGGCCAGACGGUGAAAGAGGACAGCAAGCCCGAGCCAGACAAGGCGGGCAGGGUGGGCAGCAGACACAGAGGCAUUAGGGAGAAAAAGAAAACCGGCCCCUGUGACAGGGGAGACGUCCCCGAGGAAUCGAGAUCCGCGGCCGACCCCGGAGGGUCGCUGAGCAAAACCACAAACGCCAGCAAAGAAACCAGCAAAAUCGAAACCUACAUCGCGAAGCCCGCCCUGCCCGGCACCUCCACCAACAGCAACGUGGCGCCCCUCUGCCAAAUCACAGUCAAGAUCGGGAACGAAGCCAUCGUGAAGAGGCACAUCCUAGGAUCCAAGCUGUUCUACAAAAGAGGGAGGAGGCCCAAGCACCAAGCGCAGGAGGAGGCUCUGCCGCAGGAGAGUGACCCGGACACCAAGGGCGACAGCCCGCUCGACCUCUGCCAGUCCGAGUGCAUGGACAUGAGCGAGAUGUUCGACGAGGCCAGCGACCAGGACACCACGGACAAACCGUGGCGCCCUUACUACAACUACAAGCCCAAGAAGAAAUCGAGGCAGUUGAGGAAGAUGAGGAAAGCCAACUGGAGGAAGGAGCACGGGGGCAGGAGCCCAGGCACCAAGUAUAAGUACCCGGCGGAACUGGACUGCGCCGUGGGCAAGGCCCCCCCGGAGAAGGCGUUCGAGGAGGAAGAAAACAAAGAGAUGCCCAAGCUGCAGUGCGAGCUCUGCGACGGAGACAAGGCCCCGGGGACCGGGAGCCCGGGGAGGCCCCACCGGCACCUCACGGCCAGGCCGUACGCCUGCGAGUUCUGCGCCAAGCAGUUCCAGAACCCUUCCACGCUCAAGAUGCACAUGCGGUGCCACACCGGGGAGAAGCCGUACCCGUGCAAGACCUGCGGGCGGUGCUUCUCAGUGCAGGGGAACCUGCAGAAGCACGAGCGCAUCCACCUGGGCCUGAAGGAGUUCGUCUGCCAGUACUGCAGCAAGGCCUUCACGCUCAGCGAGACCCUCAAGAUCCACGAGCGGAUCCACACCGGCGAGAAGCGCUACCACUGUCAGUUCUGCUUCCAGAGCUUCCUGUACCUCUCCACCAAGAGGAACCACGAGCAGCGGCACGUCCGACAGCACGCCGGGAAGGGCUUCGCCUGCUUCCAGUGCCCCAAGAUCUGCAAAACGGCUGCCGCCCUGGGGAUGCACCAGAAGAAACACUUGUUCGAGAGCCCGAGCCAGCAGGAGAGGGUGGAAGGCGAGCUGUACCAUGGGAACUCAGCUCCGCUGCAGAAUCCCCAUUUCAUGGAUUCGGAAGACAGUGACCAAAAGGAUCAUCUACAAAUCCUGGUUGGAAAUGUCCUUUGAGUAGUGAAGGGGGUGGGGGGGGAGUCUUCAAAAAUAUAAAUUGGUGGGGGGGUUUUUUGUUAGUUUGUUUUUUCAGUUAGCUGUUUUGUGUGUGUGUGUGUGUGUGUGUGUGUGUGUGUGCGUUUUUUAAGUUCAGUUUUGUUUUGUUCACAUAACAGUCAUGAAGGUGUGAAUUGUGAAAAAGGAAAUCUCAUUUGUGAACAUUUCAGAAAAAAGGAUCCCAGGAUCUACUUUGGGUUUUAGCAUUAACGUCUUACAAAGUGCGCAAACAUGAAACGGCUGACGCUGCCCGUAUCCCAAGUAUCUUGUGAAAGUUUAUGAAGUUCUGAGCUGUGGUAUUUCUGCCGGUGGCGGGGCGGGGAGGUGGGGGGGGGGGGGGAGUUUAACUUUAGCCUAAUUUAAAACUUUCUGGUUAGUGCUGUUAGGAACUGGCUGCUACACUGUCUUUAGUCACUGGAGAAAAAGGUCAGACAUCAUGAAAAUGUCAACUGCAUAAGCAAGUUCAAAGGUAAAUGGGCUCUGACAGUCAUUCCCAUUCAGCUUCCGCACUAUUGAAAACCGUUUAAAUUUCAUGGGUACAUAUUAAACACUUACUGUAGCUAAAAAACUGUGUGUGAAAUGAGUAACCUAAGUAGGACAUUCACAUAUUAGAACUACUUUUCUGCAACACAAACCUUGUAAAAUACAUAUGUAAAUCCCAUGUCCCCUGUGGAGAAUUAUACCGAUGAGCAGUAGAUCGGCAGAUAAUGAAGACUGGUGUGAAAACCGGUAGAAAGCAUUCUGAAGAUGAGUUAAGAGAGCAUGUCAAUGCUUUUAGAUGGGAUGCUGUUCUCUUGAGGUUGUGGCUGAGCUGUUACUAGAACUGGUCUAUUCAAGUCACAGAAAACAUCUAUGGGGGAAAGCCUUCCCAGAAUUCACCUGUGGUUACCCGUGCUGCAAUGACCUCACCUCAGAAAAUGAAGAAGGUUCACGUUCUUCUGAAACUCCCUGCGGUCGCCCAUCCAUCCCGAGGCCAUACAUGUGGAGGUCUGUUCCAGGCAGAAUUCAAGAGGUCACGUCAAACCCGGCACCUCCAGUUCCACUGAAGGGGUGUCUGGGAAAUUUAACGCAAAGCAUGCGUACCUUGGUGAGUGCCCAGCGCUUGAAAGGGACAGAAAGCCUAAUCCCUACAAUGAUAGCUCUGCAGCCCACAAGCAGACACUAGUAUAAAACAAAAGGGCAACAGAAACAUACACUCUGCCCCUCCCGUUCCAGACUUGAGUAGGCCACCGGAAAGGGAUGACCAUCCUUGCCUCAAACAGCUUUGUUUGGGGUGGCGAGGGAGGUAGAAUAUGGGGUGAUAAGAUUCCAUCACUUAUGUGACUCAGAAAUACAUCCACAAAGUCAGAUGCCUUGUCUUCAUGUUUACAGACAUCUAGCCCCCUUGCUAAAAAAAAAUAAAAAUAAAAAUAAAAAAAAAGCCCACUUACAUUUUUUUAAUGUUCUUUUAUGUUGACCCACACCAUCAACCUCAAAGUCUAAUUGUCCUAUGGGAGGUCCAUCAUCGGGACUAGGUCCCAGGAAGCUGGAACUCAUGAUUCUUACUUUUUAAGCUGCCAUCAUGGGAGGCGGAGAGAAAGCAUCCCUAUCCUUUGAUCACCAGUAUGAGCAGAAUCCGGAAAUCGGUUCAAGUGUGACCUGCAGUCAGUCAAUCAUGUUCAUAGGAUUUGAUAGAUAGAAACCCAAGGCUACCCAAGGCUGCAGAGUUACCAUUAUGAAGAAGUAGCUCAAAGGACUCCAGUUUCUCUCUCCAAAUGGGAUGUCUUCAUGAAGAAGAAUGAAUACGGAUUCAGGUGGGCAAGAACAUUCAAACACCCAGAAAAGGACAUGAUCAAAGCUUGCCUUGUAUUGUAAUACUGUAGUACUUUGCUGUUAAGUAACCCCAAUAUUGUAUCUGCAUUUAUCUUUUGUUCAAAUACAUUCAGUUACAUACAGUAUUAUAUAAUAGAGGAAAAUGGAAAAGAUGCAAGUAAAUUCAACUUUAUUUUACACAUUGUAUAUAUGUAUACCUGCACUAUUCAUUUGGUUUUGUUACAGAGAUAGUCACCAAGGGCUGAAGAAUUGAUAAUUAGAAUAUUGAAUAAGCAACCCAGUGACCUACUAAUUUGUUUGAUCCCAAUUAGGAUUAAGAAUCAAGAAAAAUAAUUGUGUAUUUUAGUCAUUUUGAUUUGAGGUAACUCCAGAUAAGUAAUUAUUACAUGUAGUGAUGUCUCCCAGCCCUUACACGUGGGUAUUUUUUAAGUGGACUUGUAUGCUGAUAAUUCUAGACCAAAGUAAAUAUGGCAGAAUAUUUAUACAUGAAAAAAAUAAUUUUGCAAAUAUUUUCUAUAAUUGUAUUAUUCGUUUAAAACGUUGACAGCUUGUGUUAGUUUCAGGGAGGGGUGUAUAUUUUGAUAAAAAAAAUACUUGACUUUGUAAUUCUGUAUAUUCUACACAAUUUAUAGCAGAGCCGUUUUACGACAGCCUUGUCACAUUUUUUUGUUAAUUGUGAAAACUUUAUUUUGAGUGAUGUUUAAGUAUGCAUUGAGUACAUAACGACCAACUAGAAUUCAAGUAAGUGUAAACAGUGAACAUACUGUAUGCUGUCCAAGAUAUAUUGUAAUUUGCUGUUUUAACAUCUGUAUUUUGUUUAGAAGAUAUUAUUAAAUGCAGAUGUUAAGGGUUGGAAAAAGUCUAAUUUUAUUUUUAGAAAUAAUGAAUAUAAAUUUGCUUUUGCUUGAUUAAAAUAGCUUGUUCCUA